CAUGCGCACCGGGAGUGCCCACGCCGUCGGUUUCUGCAGCCGAGGUAGCAGCAGCAGCAGGAGGUUGCGGUGAACGAGGUUGCGGUGAACGAGGUUGACGACCCCAACUGUUGCUGCUGCUACUGCUGCUACUGCUGCAAGAACAAAGGGGCCAUGGGAAAGAAGACGCCGAAAAAGUUGGACACCGCGCAACAUGAAAUGGAGAAGAGGCCACCUGGCACCGCACGGACGACCCAACGGAACCGGAAGCCGAGCGCCUCCCGGCGGAGUCGCUGGGGCGGCUGCGGGGGUGGCGUCGUCACUUGCCUCAUGCUCACGGGAGCCCUCGUGCUCUCGGUGGUGCUGGCGUACACGCUGGGGCUCACCGACACGGUGGCAGAAAAGCUCACCGAUUAUGACAUGGACGGGGACAGGGAUUUCGACGUGGAAGAUGUAAAGAAAAUAUUUCAAGACAAGCUGGACUGGGACGGAGACGGUGACGUGGAUGGGGAGGACAUGCACACCCUGCUAGCAGCCAUCCAGAGCAAGUUCACCGGCAGCGAGGAGUCUAAGGCCAAGGCUCCCUCUGCCGACACUGACGACCACCACCACCACCGACAACACGAAGAUGAACAAGACCAAGACGUUCACAAGCCACUGGGUGACCACCACCACCACCACCACCAUGAAGAUGAUCACGACCACCACCACCAUGAAGGCGACCACGAUGAAGGUGACGACCACCAUGACCAUGACCACCACCGUUACCACGGGCAUGAUCCCGAGCAGGAGGAUGAUGAUGAUGAUGAUCAAGAUGAGGAGGCCCACCGUCAUCAUGAAGUCGAUCACCAAGAGGAUCGCCGUGAUCAGGAGGGAGAUGAUCAACGUGAAGAGGACUACCUCCAACAUGAGGAUGGCCUUGAUCAAGAAGAUGAUCGUGACGAUGAUGAUGACGGUGAUGAGCACCAAGAGGAGGUCGACGCUCAGCAUGUGGAGCUGCACGCUCUGCAUGAGGAGCUCCGCGUUCAGCAUGAGGAGCUCCACGCCCAGCAUGGGGAGCUCGAUACUCAGCCUGAGGAGCUCGAAGCUCAACAUGAGGAGCUCCACGCUCAGCAUGAGGAGCUCCACGCUCAGCAUGAGGAGCUCGAUGCUCAACAUGAGGAGCUCGAUGCUCAGCAUGAGGAGCUCCACGCUCAGCAUGAGGAGCACCACGCUCAGCAUGAGGAGCUCCACGCUCAGAAUGAGGAGCUCCCCGCUCAGAAUGAGGAGCUCCCCGCUCAGAAUGAGGAGCUCCACUUUCAGCAUGAGGAGGUCUACGCUCGGCAUGAGGAGCUCCACGCUCAGCAUGAGGAUCACCAUCAUGGAGACGACCAACAGCACCACCACGACGAUGGUCACCUGCAAUCUGAGGGUGAUCACCUCCACGAGGUCCACUCUCACAAAGAAGAUGACCAUCAUGAAGAGGAUGGUCAUGACCAUGGGGGUGAGCAUCAACAUGUGGAGGUCCACCUUCAUCAAGAGGGUGACCACCAUCACCACGAAGACGGUGUUGAUGGGCACGAGAUUGACCCACACCAUGAAAAGGCCAACCCACACCACGAUGGUGGCGACGCUGCCAUCCACCCUGAUGAAGUCAGCCACUUUCAGCACGAGCAUUUACACCGCCCUGGAGAGGACGAGCAGGCCCAGGAUGCGUCCAAUCAGCCAGGGGACAACGGCGAGGAGGAGCAUUCCCCGCCACAGGAGGUGGUGGAGGGUGAAUCUCAACAGGUCCAUGAAGAUCAUGGUGCGCAGCAGCAGGCGUCAGAUGAGUCGCAGCAGGAGGAGGAGUUGCAGGUUCAGCUUGAGUCUGAGAUCAGCGCAGAGGCUGUGUCGCAACACGAGGCCGUUGAGGCAGAAGAGGUCGGGACAGAAGAAGAGCAGAAGGCGGAGGAUGGUGACGGCGGACUGCAUGAGCACCAUGCUGAAUCCUCUGACGAGAAUGAAAUCCCCAUGCAGCUGGAGGAGGAUGUUGAAGCGGAAGGUGAUCGUGACGACGACGACGACGACGACGAUGAGGUCGACGCUGCCCCAGCAAAGGACGUCCCCGACCAUCGCGGGUCGAGUGAGCAGGGUGGAUUGGACGAGACGCAUCCUCCGGAGAGCGUGGACUUGCCAGAGUCGAACGAAGCGGACGUUGAGGCCCACGGCGACGAUGGCGACCGUGAGCGCAGCGCCGACUAUCCACCGCAGCAGCGCGACGGGGGCAGCCACCAUCACGAGGAGCACAAAGAUGACGAGAACGCCAUUCCUCUCAAAGAGGCGGAUAACGGCGGCGGCGCAGCUGAUUCAGGCGGUGGUGAUGCUGGCGGCGGACAACCCGAGCUCCACCAGGAGUUGCGCAAGCUUCAGGAUGAGGCUGAUGGAGAAGUGGAGUUGGGGAGCGAUUCUCUUCCUCCGCCACUGCCUGGCACCCACGGGGAGGGAGUGAGAGGAGGCCACUAGAUGAGGAGCCCACAGAGCCGCAGAAGAGAGGGGCGAGGUGACAAGCCAACGUGUUAAUGCUGCCACCAAUGGCAACGUAUAUGUCUGUGAUGCAAUAAUAUAAUGAAUUUUUAAGAAAGGGUUUGUUUUGGAUAUGAAUAUGCAGUACACGUGUACUGACGGGGCUGCGCGCGUGGUGGAUGCAGUGGCAUUUUGGACGGGUCCGGGUUUCAGCAUUGGCUCGGUGAAUUUACCGCGGUCCCUCUAACUCAGUUCGCCGUCAGAGAGACGUCACAACAGUCGUUGGAUUUACCGCAGACCCCCGCAAGGUGUGCAGUCUUGUUUUUGUGUGUCAAUGCGGAAACACCCUUUUUGCUUUACGGCGUUUGUGGGGGGUCGAGAAGGGGGCGGGGGAUGCGGUAGGGUAGGGUGAUACCAAGUAGAUUCACCAGCAUUAAGACAAUCCACGGUCUCCCUCUCUCGGAGGGGGACCGUUUCUUAUUUUUUUAAUGAAUAUACAGUACAUUUUAAAUGCAGUAUGAUGACACUAAUAAGCAAGUGGGCCGUGAGAAUGGGUCGUAGUGCGUGGGACGUGGGUGCUCGAUAGGGGGAGGGGCAGAUUACUACCUAGACUGGCAUUGCAAUGGCACCCAAAGGUGUGCAACCAAUGGGAAGAUCAUAACCCGUCGUGGUGGCGGUGGCGGUGGUGGUGGUGAUGAGACCGUAAAGAGCGGUCCUUGGCGGUGAGGUGUCGCCUCGACAACGGCUAUGGGAUCUAGCAUAAGGAAGGCAGCAAAUGGCUCCGGGUUGUCGCAGCAUCGACAGGAUAGCGCCAUAUCUUGUGACGGCUAUUGACGUCGAUUCACUGUAGGUUCACAAUGGGCGGUCGGCAGGGAUUUUGCGAAUGCAUCGCAGCCAGCCGGGCAGUCGUUCACACGCCCUCCCGCAGUCGAGUGGAUUUGUAAAGAUUUGGGGGUCGUGAUUCGAUCCUAGAAUCGACCAGUUUUUUUUUGUCUCAUUUGUAUUGAUUCUUGCCUCUGUUCAGCCUCGUUUGUUCCUCCUCAGUUGUCCAAUUAGCCUCGAGGAAACGUCGACAUUUACUUUGGAUAAAUCGCAAGUAAUCGAUGUCCGCACUCGUGCGACAUUAUUGGUGCUGCCUAUACCUGUAAAAGAUGCUUAUAUUCGCCAAUGAACACCGAUCGUUAUGUUCAUGAUAUAAGUGCAUCGAAUCGUAGACGUCAGGAUGUAUUUAUCUGAUGCAUGAUAUUGAACGCAUGUGAUCUCAUACUACGAAUAACAAAGAAGCUCAACACGUAUCGUCAAUAAUACUGUGUGGCCUUAAAAGAACAAAAUACACAAUAGGCAACGUUUCAGGCAAUGAUGCUUCUUCAUAGCACAUCACGCCUAACACAAUUAGGCUAAUGGAGUGAUUGAAACUGAACUGAGGACACAGGAAAAGGGAAACUGUACAGAAGGGACAAACAAGAGCCAAUUCU